ACACUGCAGCAACACUUUUCUUAGAAGAGCCAUCAACUUGCCUUUGAAUUAGUUGUCACCGGAGUCGGUUCAUUUUCAAGGGUAUCGGCAACGGGAGAUGAGCGGCCCGAAUAACAAAAUGUCGGCCACUGAUCAGAUGCGCGCUAUGCUGGACCAGCUAAUGGGGACGACGAGGAACGGAGACGAGCGACAGUUGAAGUUCUCGGACACGCGUGUUUGCAAAUCAUUUUUGCUGGAUUGCUGCCCGCACGACAUCCUGGCGUCCACGCGCAUGGAUCUCGGUGAGUGUCCCAAAGUGCAUGACCUCGCUUUCCGAGCAGAUUACGAGAGCGCCGCCAAAACCCGUGACUACUACUACGACAUUGAGGCCAUGGAGCACCUGCAGGCAUUUAUCGCGGACUGUGAUCGACGCACCGAUUCCGCCAAGCAGCGUCUGAAGGAAACCCAAGAGGAGCUCACCGCAGAAGUGGCCGAAAAGGCCAAUGCCGUCCACGCCCUGGCCGAGGAAAUUGGCAAGAAACUGGCAAAGGCCGAGGCGCUUGGCGAGGCUGGCGAAGUGGAGGACAGCAUGGAACUGAUGAAGGAGAUCGACGAGCUGAGGGCAAAGAAAAUCAAGGCAGAGCACGAAUACCGCACCAGCAUGCCGGCGUCCACCUAUCAGCAACAGAAGCUACGUGUCUGCGAGGUGUGCUCCGCGUAUUUGGGCAUCCACGACAACGACAUCCGGCUGGCGGACCACUUUGGUGGUAAGUUGCACCUUGGCUUCCUAACCAUUCGCGAGAAGCUGAUAGAGCUGGAGAAGACGGCAGCGCCACGGAAGGCGGAGCUAAAACGAACGGGUAAGAUGCCUGAUCGUGACGAGGACAGCCGCGGACGCAACCGAUACUUUGUAGGUGGACGAGAACUGGAUCGCCGGUCGCGCGUUCAUCGCUCCCGGUCCAGGGAGAGGCAGCGUAACCGUGAGGAUCGUCCCGAUCGAGAGCGGGACCGAGAUCGAGGGCAGAACGGAGCUGAGAAAGGCGGCGCGGAGAAAGCAAAGGAUGGACCACCGGUAGAGGAAGAACGCGGGCGGCGAGAUAAUCGCGAGAGGCGGGAUGAUCGCGAACGGGAUCGAGAUGGCAGAAGAGACCGGGAUCGCCAUGGACGCAACGACAGAGGCCGUUUCGGAGGAGGCGGCGGUGGUGGUGGGGAUCGCCGAGAUGAUAGACGCCGUUCACGUUCCAGGGACCGGUCACCCCGUGGAGACCGACGCUACAACUACAACCACUUUAGGGACGGAGGCGGUGGUGGCGGCGGCGGUGGCGGUGGUGGUGGUGGAGGCGGUCGCAGACGCUCCUACUCCCGCGAGCGCUACUCCCGUCGCUAGGACCGCACACCAUCCGAUCCCGCCCAGCGCACGUACGUAGCAUUAAUCACAACUACAACAACAAUGCCACCACAAAAUAAGUUACUGAAACUAUUGAAAAAUACUUAAAAAAAAAAAAAAAAACUAAAACCCAUAGCUUAAUGAAUAAAGCGACCCAACCUACAGUUUUUCGACUUGCAGACAACUUUUUUGAAUUGUUACUGACUUCUGAUCCGAGCUCCUUCUAAGCUAAAAUAAAUCUAAAUUUCGUUAGACCUUGGUCCUUUGAAUCCAUAAAAAUGUAACUUGUUCUUAAAAUAAUUUUUUAUUUUUAAAUCCCCGUCCAAAAAAAAGAGAACAAAUAAUUAACUAUUUGGCAGAUAGGGAAGUAGGAGCCGCAGUGGUGCCAAUUGUAGUCAGUUUAGAGUCACUUUUGGUGGGAUCCUGCCGAAGGACCUGGUAAAUAAAAUGAUUAAGAAAGAAUACCCUUACUGUAGUUACAAAAAUGGCAACACUCUUACAAAAAUAAUUAAAAACAAAACAAAACACUCGACUAAAUACAAUUCUCAGCUCUCGAUCGCGAUUCUCCCAAAACGAAAAGCAACUGAAGCGAAGUCGGCUGGCUGGCUCAUUUGGGGUAAGCCUCCUCCACCAAUAUACCAUAAAUCUCUGACUCUCUAUCACUGCUCUGAUUUGAUUCGAUUUAAUUUGAUUUGUAACUUUAAAGCGUUCUCUACUUGAAGCUCGACACUUGAAGCAGCCAAAAACAGCUUCGGUACGUAUUGAGUAUUUUGAAAGGUUAUCAUAAACAAGAAGAUUAGUUGUCUCGGCAUAUUGAGCAUAUGGUACAUAGAUAAUCUGGUUAAAUAAAGCUGCACUAUAGCUUGGGUACGUAUCCACUUUCUGGUUGAAGUUUACCAUUUUUUGGAAUUUGUUUGGUUUUGAAAUAAAUCGUAUCUGGGUACGUAUGUAUAAUAAUGUUAGAAGAUCACGAAUGUGGUACGUAUUAUCUAACGACAUUGAUAACUACUUCCAACUAAAGCAGUAGGGUUCUCGGCGAUCCAGAUCCCCAACGUACGUAUUCUUCUCCUAUCUCUCUCAAUCACAAUAAAAAAAAACAACUUAAUAGCUUUUCAUCACCAACCAAAUAUGAAAAUAUUAUUUACUCGUAGCUGCCAACAGAGGCAAAAGGCAAACAAACCAAAAAAAAAUAUACAUUUUUAACCAUAUAUCUGUUUAUCUUGCCAAAAAAAAAAAAAUAAAAUCAUCUGCAAACAACUGCAUCGGGUUCUCGGGCGCCCAGUUCAGGCUCAGUACAAUAUCCUGUUUAUGUGAGUAUUCGGGUCACUAAUCACUCUCUGAUUACAAUCCCAAUCUCAAGCCUAUUUUGAUCAUCAAGGACGACAGAGAGACUGUUUGUUGACGAACUUUAAAUGGAUAGUGGGAGUUGUGAGAGCAGUGUAAAGAGUGGUUUAAGUUUGGCCCUAUUUGAAAUGACAGUGGGUAAGAAUCGAUCGAAAAUGAUAAUGCUAACUCAAUUUUCUAACUACCUAUAUCUAUUUCCGAAACCUAUUGUUUUUUAUUAGUCCUAUAAGCCUACACACUUUUCACACACUUUUUUAAUUUUAAUUUAUAAACUACACAAAACCCUCAAAAUAUAAAGUAACUAUUAUCUUAUGGUAUAAGUGGAUUGUAAUAAAAUUGCACUUGAAUUAUAAA